UUAAGCCAUGAUACGCUCAUUUACGUACAUUCCCAUUACUUACCAUUGAGUCCGCCAUAUUGGAUUUUGAUCAGUGGAAGAAUCCAUUCGACAGUGAGUGCCUGGCCUUCGUGCUUGCACAUCGGAAGGCCUCGGGAACCAGGCUAUCUGCAGUACUGCACGGCUUUGUCAUGGAGAGCAUGGGGCAACUGCGAAGGCAACUGUGGAAAACAGACACUCCAAACUAGAAAACGCACCAUAUGUUAUGAUUCAGACGAAAUUUACUUGAGGAUAUCAAUGCCGAUUACUCGCCAAAAAGUUUUAAACUUUUGCAAUAUUACACAACCAACAGUGGAAACGAGACUUUGUAAGCAGUGCAUUUUCGGAAAAUUCAAUGUCACUGCCAAUGCUUGUGAAAUAUGCAAGAACAUCACGUGUAGCGCUCAGUUGUGUAAACAUGGAAUCUGUUAUGAUACAAACUCCAGUGUUCGAUGUGACUGUUAUGAUGGGUUUGCUGGACUCGACUGUAGUAUAGAGCUUACAAAGGACUUCAAACUGCCGACUUGGUUACCUUGGCUGGAGUAUGCACUUUUGGCUAUAAUAUCCAUGGUCAUUCUGAUGGCGACUGGGUGUAUUUGUCUGAAAUGCUGUGUAGUUUGUGGAUGCAUGACUUCCGACGAGGAGGAAAAGAAAAAGCGAAAGAAAAUGAAAGAAGAUAUUCAGCAAGAACACUACUCAUUAAAACCUAAAUCAGUGAUUGAUUUUUAAAAUUGAAAAUCUGUUCUUUUCUAUGCAACAUUCAGUUUAACAAAUUGGCUAGCUAUAAUUACAAAACAAUGAUAUUUCAAAUGAAA